UAGCGAGCUAAGCAAAGAUAAAACCACUAUAUUAUAUUCCAUCAUAUAUUACGUACGAAAUACAUUUACUGAUUCAACGUAAUUGAAAUGGGGAUGAUGAAGAGACUAGUUGGGAUUUCCGAAGCAAAGAAGAAGCUGGCAAGGACUCUCUCUCCCAGGAAAGUCAACCUAAGGGCGGCGACCAGGGAAGAUGAAGUCGUCUCCGUCCCAAAAGGGCACUUUCCGGUAUACGUCGGGGAGGCGAGGCGGCGGUUCGUCGUUCCGAUAGAGUACUUGGGGCAUGGACUGUUCCGGGAUCUGUUGGACUGGACGGGGCAAGAGUUUGGGUACGAGCACCCCACCGGAGGACUCACUAUCCCAUGCAGUGAGGACUACUUCUUGAGCCUCACAAACCUCCUCCUCAUCAGCUCCAAAUGAAUAUCAUGCAUGCCAUGCAUGCAUGGACACUACAUAGAUGCCACGACGACGUACGUAGCUUAGCCUGUUUAUGUCUGAAUGGUUAAGAGAUUUGCCUCUGAAUGGUUAAGUAUUAUACAGAGUCUGAAUGGUUAAGAGCUGUUAUCUGAAUUGAUCAGACAUUUGCCUCUGAAUAGUUAAGCAAUAUACUAGCUCUUAAUGG